AUGGCUUCCUUUUUCAGUGAAAGUAAUUUGGACCGUAUGAUCGAGAACUUGAUGAAUUUGACUCUCAUCCCUGAAGACGCACUCCGAGCGUUGUGCGACAAGGCACGAGAGAUUUUACUGAACGAACCUAAUGUGAUUAAGGUCGAAUACCCAAUCACUAUAUGCGGCGACUUACAUGGGCAGUUCCACGACUUUAAAGAAGUUUUUAACAUUGGAGGUCGCUUGCCAGACACAAACUAUUUGUUCCUCGGAGACUUUGUCGAUAGAGGGUUUCACUCUAUUGAAACCGCUAGCCUUGUUGUUGCACUGAAAGUCCGAUACCCACACAGAGUCUUUCUUUUGCGUGGAAACCACGAGUCACGACAGAUCACACAGAUCUAUGGGUUUUAUGACGAGUCGAUCAAAAAAUACGGAAGCUCCGACGCGUGGCAGAUACUAACCAAUUUGUUUGACUGCUUACCGCUCGCAGCAGUCAUCGACCAACGUUACUUCUGUGUCCAUGGUGGGUUAUCUCCUUCUUUGAAAAAGAUCGAUCAGAUCUCGAUGCUCAAUCGAGUCAGAGAAGUCCCACACGAAGGUCCGAUGUGUGAUUUAUUGUGGUCCGAUCCUGAAGAAAAGAUUGGAUGGGAAAAGAGUCCAAGAGGUGCCGGGUUCAUAUUUGGGAAAGAUGCGUCUGACCAAUUCAAUCAAAUUAAUGGGACAGAAAUUAUCGUACGAGCACAUCAAAUGGUGAUGGAAGGCUAUCAAUGGAAUCAUAACAAGACUUUAGUCACAGUGUUCUCCGCACCUAAUUACUGCUAUAAAUGCAACAACUUAGCAGCUAUUAUGGAGUUGUCUGACACUGGAGAGUACUCAUUUUCUCAAUUCUCACCCGCACCAGUACAGGACGACAUGCAGAACACUAAGCACGUACCUUCGUUCCUUUUCGAAUAA